AUGUCUUGCACUAUCAAGAACGACCCGGAGCGGGUUUCUCUGUCCCAGUCAGCUCUGCAAAAUAUGGACCAGAUCUCUCAGCCGAGACACACCCAGGGAAUCUCAAAUAUGGCCCCAAGAAUGAUCCAGGAUGAUGACCUUUCAAGCCAGGAUAACUUCUCUUUGUGCUCCAGUACACAUCAUAGCCAUGGAACCGAUCUGAAGUCAUGGGGUUUGAGCGACGCAGAUGCACUCGAUCAUGGUGUCAUCUCGUCGAGCAAGCCCGAAUCUCCUGAAGUUCAAAUGCUUUCUUUCUCUUUGUCUCAACAGCUUCUACCUACUACCGUGGGACCCAGUGAUGUGAUCUACCACACAGGAGCCGAUUACCAGGACAUCGGAGAACAUAAUGACCUGGACUUCUCACAUGCUCAUGAUUUCAGCCAUUACUCUUCCCUGGUGGACUUUGCUGCUUAUGAUAAUGAUGCUUGUGGCCAGAAUGGAACACAACCCUGCACUCCUGAUGAUGCUCUUUCCGUUGGGCAUAGCUCUCACACUGAUACCACCAAUGACACAUGGAAUUCCCUCAUGGCAGACACCCGAAGCUACCACGCAUCUACCCUGGAUCACCUUGCCACCAACCUCUUUCAACCUAUGCCUGUUUCUCCCCCAUUGACUGAAGCAAGCAAUGACAUUUCCGUCACUUCUUCCUGCUCCCACACUGGAUACCCCUCAUUCAUGACCCACGAGGAUGCCAUGCUCAAGGAUGUCACCGCAACUCCGCUUACAAGCCACGGAAUCAACUUAGGAGAUCCUCUCUUUCCUCUCACCCCGCCUCUCAGUGAGCAGGAUCCGAACAGGACCAUCCGCCCUUCCAAAAAUGCUCGCAGACCCACUCUGCAGACAUCUUCCCCCACAUCUCAAUCCCAGGUCAAGCAGGAGGAAUUCUUCCCCCCCCUCCCGGUGAGGGAACCAUCCCGUCAGAGAUCCAAGGAGAACACAGAGUCGCGGAACCCCCGCGACCACCCAUACUAUUCCUAUCCAACCCAUAGUGAUGGAAAGUACUACUGCCCAUUUGCCAAUGGAGACAAGUCAUGCAACCAUCCCCCGACCACCCAAAAAUGCGCCUACCACAAAUACCUUGAUUCUCACUUGAAGCCAUACCGUUGCAAGGCUCCCGCUUGCAUUGAGGCGCAGUUGCAGUUCUCAUCCAAUGCGUGCCUGUUCCGCCACGAGCGUGAGGCUCAUGGAUUGCACGGCCAUGGCGAGAACCCCCACCUUUGCCUUUUCGAUGGAUGUGACCGAUCCAUUCCGGGGUCUGGUUUCCCUCGCAGAUGGAACCUGUUCGACCACAUGCGUCGUGUCCACGACUAUGCCUCUUCGGAGAGACCGAGCUCCCCCGAGACUUCUCCUUCCGGAAUUCAAGCUCCCAAGAAGAAGGAAACUGCUGGACGGAAGCGCAGAGUCACUGGGACCUCUGGUGCGCAGACCUUGAAGAGAACAAGAUCCACCCAGUCCCACACGAACCCAUUGAAGGCCGCGCAACAUGCCACCAGCCAGCACAGCCAGAGACUUCAAAACGCGGAGAGAAACUACUACAACUGCCGCGCUCGGCUGCUCGAGGAGAUCAGCAACCUCACCCCCCAGGAUGGCUCGAUGCAUGAGAAGGUCAAUGCCAGCCUUCAGGAGCUGAUCACCCUGGGACUGAACUUCCGUCGCAUUGACGCCAGCCAGGCUGCUGCUCAGCUUCCCAACGGACUCCCCGCGUGA